UUGUGUGUUCGGCGGCACACGUUACGUUGGUUCGGCCAGUGGCGUCACUAAGGUCAGCGGCACCCAAAGCGGUGUCCCGCAACGACAUACAAUCCUAUUUGAUCUCUGUCGGUGUCACACUGGCAGCACUUGGAGUUUUCACAAGAUCUCUUGUCUUGUGUUCCUAGUCUGCUCUUGCAUUCAUCUCAAGUGGUGCCUUGCAUUCUCCGUGAUCUUACAAGCCUACUUAAGAAGCUGACUGCGGACAACUAUUUGAAUGGAACUGAUUCAGUCCUCAAGUUGUGUGUGUCCUAAUACACAAGGCCUUGUUGGAGAGGGAGCUGCACUUUUGGUUGAGACCAGCUGCCCACUGAAACCUACCGAAAACAACCAUGUCACCAGAGAUCAGCUCAGGGUCGUGAGCCACCUGGUUGCCCAUGGUGAUGAACAACUCGAGUACCAGCAUCCUCCGAUGUCACCUGCCUCUAGGUCCCAAGUGUCCAGCAACACUGAAAAGCAGAAAAGUGAAAAGUUUUUCAUGUGCAAGCUGUGUCCUCAGGCCUUUGCCAAGAAUUCGGGUCUGAUCCGCCAUAUUCGAACACACACUGCUGAAAGGCCAUUUAAAUGCAAGCUGUGCCCCCAAGACUUUGCUCAGAAAUCUUCUCUGGUCCGCCAUGAACGAACACACACUGCUGAAAAGCCCUUUAAGUGCAAGCUAUGCCCCCAAGCCUUUUCUCAGAAUUCCAAUUUGAUCCGUCAUAAUCGGACACACAGUGAUGAAAAGUCAUUUAAGUGCAAGUUGUGCCCCCAAGCCUUUUCUCAGAAGUCUGCUCUGAUCCGCCAUUAUCGAACCCACACAGGUGAAAAACCAUACAAGUGUAAGCUUUGUCCCCAAGCAUUUGCUCAGAAUUUCAAUCUGAUUCUCCAUAAUCGAAGACACAGAGAUAAAAAGCCAUUUAAGUGCAAGCUGUGCCCUCAGGCCUUUUCUCAAACUUCCAGUCUGAUCUGCCAUAAUCGAACACACAGUGGUGAAAAGCCAUUUAAAUGCAAGCUAUGCCCCCAAGCCUUUGCUGAGCAUUCCAAUCUGACCCGCCAUAUUCGAACACACACUGGUGAAAAGCCAUUUAAGUGCAAACUGUGCCCCCAAACCUUUGCUCAAGAUUCUCAUCUCACAAGUCACAUUCGAACACACACUGGUGAAAAGCCAUUUAAGUGCAAGCUGUGUCCCCAAGCCUUUGCUAAUGAUUUUGUUCUGGUCUGCCAUAAUCGAACCCCUCACAGGUGAAAAACCAUACAAGUGUAAAUUGUGCCCCCUAGCGUUUGCUAAGAAUUCCAAUCUGAUACGUCAUACUCGAACACACCGGGGUGAAAAGCCAUAUAAGUGCAAGCUGUGCCCCCAAGCGUUUGCUCGGAACUUCAAUCUGAAACGCCAUAAUCAAACACACAGUGGUAAAAAGCCAUUUAAGUGCUAGAUGUGCCCCCAAAUGAUUUCUGUCACAGGGGUCAAGAGGUUGGUCAGUGUAAUAGCAAAUUUUAAAGUUCUCGAUAGAUUGAAAUAAGUUAAUGUAGCUAUAACUCUCAUUGUUCCUUACUGAAUGCACACUGGGCCGUCCUUUUGCUCUUGUUCAGAGCCGCUUUGCACUUGCUUGAGGUGUGAUAAUUUGAGGUCGGGUCUAAUAUGUUCAUUUUUACUCCUGUCUGCAUAAAAGAUAUGCACUUGCAGAAAAUAAAUGUGACCAAAGUUCAGUUUGACUAUCUAAAAAAGUAGCUUUUGCAAUUACCAUACUGGCUUUUUUCUGCUUUUACAAUACUGGUACUGUAGCAAGUGUGGAGUAAUUUUUUAGGCUUUAAUUUCUACGACCUGUGCUUGCCUUCCCAUUUUAGGAACUCAUUUUUUGAGUGCGUGUGUGCACUGCAGUGGUUUGUGCUCCCGAUUUGAACCUUGCUAUACUCUGGGACAACUUUUAGUGCAGUCAAAGGUACUGGCACACAUUCCUUCUCCCAUUUUGAGCUCUGAUCAAAGCUGUGCGCGAGCUCUCCUCCGAAAUACCAAGAAAAGCUGUCCCCGAGUAUAGUCGUAUAGUAUAGUCCCAGACCGCCCAGCAGGUUUUACAAUUGACAGCGUACCAAUUUUUAAUACUGUGUAAUGCGUGUUCAAUGCUGUGUUGGCAAAAGGUACAGAGAACUGAACUGACUUAACCUCGCCCAUAUUCGAAGUGUUCUUGGCUUUUUUCCGUUGCACUAGAAUCUUCUUAAUCAUGUAUUUAUAUGACCCCUGCUUUGGGAUAUUGCUCUUUUGUUUAAGUGAUCACAAUAUUCUGUUGCCCUGUACUCUUGCUCUUGACGGUUGUUUCUGUGUUGCCUGGCUUGGUAUGUCAGAAUUCUCGGACCGUAGGUGUUGGGCACGCCAGAUGAUGUAUUUUAGACUAACUCGUCCUUUAUUUUGCUUGGCUUACUGGAUUCUGUGGAUUGUUGCUCAAUGUGUGCUUAGGUUUGCAUUGUGUAAUGCAUUUGUAUCUAUCUUCGUUCUGGAUUUUCUUUCUUUCUCUUGUUUGUCUUGAAUAAAAUAUCCAGAUAAAUGUGUAA